GUCCAAGCCCUCAAGCCAUGAUGUCGCUCACCGCGGCCCGGUUGCUGUCGCCGGCACGGGUGACACUCCGGAGCGCUGCGCUGGCUCCUCGCUCGGGCCAGCUCAAUGUCUUGCUCGCCACUCUUGCCGCCUCCGUCGCCGCCGCCACUUCUGUGCUGGCGAGCGCACUCAUCCUCAGGCUGCGCCGCGGCUCGGCGCGCACGCGGCAGCGUCCUGCCAUCAAACGCCUCUCUGUGAUCGCAGAGGAGUCAGCGUGUCCGGCUCCGCUAGCCUCGCCAGUUGUCGUGCAUGCAGAACUCACCGGCUUCGCCCCUCCAAACUCUCCCCCAGUGGUCGUCCAGGACUUGCGCUGGAUGGUCACCAAGAGCCCGAGGGAGUUUUUCCGUUUCCUACGGGGCGGGCAUGUCUUGGAGAGCUUCGCCGCCCUCUCGAACUCAGUGCUACGCGGGACUCAGUGCGAGAUGGGCGACGCCCGUGUGCUUCAGCGACUCGAGAUGGAGGAGCAAGGCAUGUCAGCGGCCGACUUCUUCGCGAAGCAUGGCUUCAUACUCGUCAAGCACCGAACUGCUAUGACGGCAGCGGACUGGCAGCACUCGGACGUCGAUUUGAAAGAGCACCCCGGCGAGGGCGAGACUGCCGCGAGGGAUGAAAAGUACAUGACGGCCGAUACGCCCGUUCGCCGCAUUUGGUCGCACGAGGCCGAGGCCAUCCUGCAGUCCUUGAUACCGGAGGCUGCUUCGUUUGAGCUGCCGUCGUUUGGGUUUCUUCGCAAAAGCGCAAACGGCAUCUUUUCGGGAAAGGGCGCGUCCCGGACUGUCCACAACGACCUCCCGCUCGACCUUGACAAGGCCUGCAACAGGGCCAAGAGGCUUGUCCCUCGCAUGGGGCAGCAGCGGGAGCUGCUCGAGACUUGCGACUACUCCUCCCUCCUUGUGUGCAAUCUGUGGCGCCCAAUCGCACCGAGCACAAAGCCAGUCGAGUCGGCGCCAUUGUGCGUGUGCGACGCAAAAAGUGUGACGGCCGAGGACUUUGUGGAGCACAACAUUGGCGCGCUGGAUGACCCGAGGGCGACACAAAUCACGGGCCUGAAGCACAACGCGCGGCAGCGAUGGUACUACUACCCCGCGAUGACCACUGAGGAGGUCCUCGUCUUUCGGCAGUUCCAGCACGCCAAGGGCGACGCCGCGGCGACGAUGCCAGCCUUUCACACAGCCUUCAGGGACCCGGCCUCCCCCGAGGCUGCGGAGCCGCGCAUCUCCUUUGAGUACCGAGUCGGUGUGCUCACACGCUGAAGGCGAGAUUCGGCUGAAGUGCAUGUAGCUAUGGCGCGCAGGCGCGCAGAGGCACGGGGAUCGACGGGGACCGACGGCGCCGCUAGGUCGGACAGCGAAGGUGAGACGCGGAGCUCAAUGAAGCGUCUGAAUGUGCAGUCAUGUCGACUAGUCCUCCGGUACGUUUGAGUGUUUUGUACGUUUGUCUACUAGGUUGUUGCACUCAGAGAGAAGAGUCGCGUUUCUUUUUGAGGGUGUUCUCAAGAUUCGUUUAUGU